CGGUUCAUAACGAAAUUGCGACUUUCCCAAACGCACUUGAAGGCAGCUUCCUUUCACAGCAGCCGGGACAAGAAAAGACAGAGGGACUGUGCUGGAGCUUGUCGCAGGAAACACGCUACCAAACUCCCCACAGAAUUGCACCACCGAGCAUUCAUGUAGUCGGUUGUUGUACGAACUCCUGGGCUGUCUGUUGGGGGGAUGUGGGAUUCUUUGUGUGACCCAGAGGUACAUGCUGACCAAUGAUGGGAAAGUGUUACCUGCUGCUAUGCCCAUCAGCUCCAUUGAGAUGACCCCAGGAGAAGUGAAAUGUGGAUGACAGUGUGAGCCAGUGGAAUUCAACGUUUGGGCCAAGAUAUCCUCCCACUGAGCCAAAAAGAAACCUGUUCUAGGUUACACACGCACGCGCACACACACACACACACACACACACACACACACAAAAAUUCACUCACACACUUCAAAUCAGCCUUGCAAUGCAGAUGCCAGGACCACUGUGGGCGUGCCUGGCUCUGAUAUGGGUGGGAAGCUGCAGUGCCCACAGCCUGUUUACCUGUGAGCCCAUCAAAGUGCAUCGAUGCUUAGGGAUGCCCUACAACAUGACCUUCUUUCCCAACAUGAUGGCGCACUACGACCAAGAUAUCGCAGCAGCUAAUAUGGAGCCGUUCAUGCCCCUGGCAAACCUGCGCUGCUCUCCAGACGUCCACCACUUCCUGUGCCAAGCCUUUGUCCCAGCAUGCACCGAGGAAAACACGGUGAUCCAUCCAUGCCGAGAGCAGUGCGAGGCCGUCCUGUCGGACUGCGAGGAGGAUAUCCGUAUUUUUGGUAUCACCUGGCCUCCUGAGCUACAGUGUGACAGUUUGGACCCAUGUGGCUCUCCCGGUGGUCCGACACUCCCUGCAACCACUCCAUUGACCUCCUCAUCAGCUAAGCGGGACCUUGGCUUCUGGUGCCCACUGCAGCUGAAGACCAAACCGGGUUACGCUUCAUCUUUCCUGGGCGCCCAGGACUGUGCUCCGCCUUGCUCCAACAUGUACUUCAAACCCCACGACAUCGAAUUCGCCAAGAACUUCGUCGGCGUGUGCUCCAUCAUCUGCUUGGGCGCCACGCUCUUCACCUUCCUCACUUUCCUCAUCGACGUCAAACGUUUCCGCUACCCGGAGCGCCCCAUAAUCUUCUACGCCGUCUGCUACAGCUUCGUGUCGCUCAUAUACUUCAUCGGUUUCCUGCUGGGGAACAAUGCGGCCUGCACCAAAGCGUCUCACCCUGCCGCCGUGGACACGGUGGUGCUGGGCUCUCAGAGUAAAGGCUGCACUCUACUCUUUAUGCUGCUCUACUUCUUCUCCAUUGCCGGCAUCGUCUGGUGGGUCAUCCUCACCAUCACCUGGUUCCUGGCAGCUGGACCCAAGUGGAGCUGUGAGGCCAUAGAAAAGAAAGCGGUGUGGUUCCACUCUGCUGCCUGGGGGAUCCCCGGGGUGCUUACCGUCAUGCUGCUGGCUCUGAACAAGGUCGAAGGGGACAACAUCAGCGGAGUUUGCUUUGUGGGUCUCUACGACCUGGACGCCCUGCGCUACUUUGUCCUGGCCCCUCUGUGUGUGGGCGUCGUGGUCGGCCUCUUCCUCAUCCUGGCGGGCAUCGUCUCUCUAAACCACGUGCGGCAGGUCAUCCAGCACGACGAGCGCAACCAGGAGAAGCUGAAGAAGUUCAUGAUCCGCAUCGGAGUGUUCAGCUGCCUCUACCUGGUCCCGCUGGUCACCCUGUUAGCCUGCUACACCUACGAACAGAGUCACCGCAGCACCUGGGAGAGUACCUGGAUCAACGACCGCUGUCAAGAGUACAGCAUCCCCUGCUCCUACAAGACAAAAGAGCACGACCGCCCUGACCUCUCCCUGUUUCUGGUGAAAUACUUAAUGACGCUGGUGGUCGGAAUAUCUGCCGUGUUCUGGGUCAGCAGUAAAAAAACCUGCUCUGAGUGGGCCUACUUCUUCAACAGGACCCGCAAGAGAGAUCCAAUCAGUGAGAGCCGCCGGGUGCUGCAGGAGUCUUGCGAGUUCUUCCUCAAGCACAACAGCCGUGUCCAGCACAAGAAGCAUCACUACAAGCCGAACUCCCACAAGCUCAAGGUCAUCUCCAAGUCCAUGGGCACGAGCACCGGCGCCGCACCCACAAGCGCGUCAGCCAGCGCAACCAAUCAAGGGGCCUCUGCGCUGGGCAAUCACGAGCCCCGCGCGCACGGUUCUCAGUCUGAGGCCUCGGUAAGGGAGCACCUGGACAGGGGCACCUCCAGCCGAAGCUCCAGGAGGGGGGAGAGGGAAGGGGGAGAGAGGCGUAGCAGAGGGGGGAGCUCCUGUAAGAUCAGCAGCCGCUCCGGGAGCAUGCACAGAGUCCCAGAUGGGAGGAUGACUCCGAGGAGCGAGCUGUCAGAGGCCAGGCAGGGCCCCAGUGCGCAGCAGCAUCCGGCUUUAAACCUAUCACACAGGACCGUCCAGGACCCCGGCCACCAGCUGGCUCACCAGGUGCCCGAGGAGAGCAAGGGCGCAAGGGAAAGCAACUGAUGAGACAUCUCACCCAUCCCCAAAUUUGUCCCUGCAUCCAUCCACCUUGAAUCCAACCAGUCCCACUUGUUUCAUGUGUCUGUGCAUGAUUGUAUUGGUUACCUUGUAGUCAGUGAAUGUUUGUUGCCAGCAACAUAUCGCAUACCUCUAGUAUUUUAAAUGUGGUAUGUUUGGACCAGAAUCUGGGUUUUAGCUCAGGAUUUAAAGGGGUUGGAUUAUUGAAAGUGGCUGUGUCUUUCAGCUUUACUGAGCUUUUUGGCCAUUUGCUAUAUACCUAAAUGUUGCAACAGCUCAGCUGUGCUCCACCUACACAACUACCAAUGUGAUACCAAUGUAAAAACUUUAGGUCUACUGUUUUUGUAGAUUUGUAGCUCAAUAGCAUUGAAUGCAGACUAGAAAAUACAUGCAAUAUAAAUGUAAAUAUUAUUUUUGUUUUAUUAGAAACAGUCUUUCACUGGACUAGUCGCUACACUGAGAGUUAUGAUAAGAAAGGUCAUGAUAUUGCCAAACAUUCUACUUCAAAAAAAGUCUUCCUGCGGUAAAACAGUUUUAUGAAUGUCUUAUUGUUUUUCCUAGAAAGAUGGUUUCCCGCGAAAAGACUCAUCUUGUAAUACACAAAGUGUGUUCUUAACUGCUCCUUUGAUAAAGGCUUACUCUUAAACUGUACUUGGUUUUUAGACAAUGCUGAAUUUUGAUUUUAUACGUUUUUUUUCAAAGACUGUACUUUUACUUAAUGUUUGUUUUGCGUUAGUACUAGUUUCUAUUGCACAAACACAUAUUGUGCAGACUUCUCUUUUUAAAGAAGUGUCCUGUGAAUUUGGAUAAAGUACAGCUUUAUAGUUUUCUACAAAAAUGUGCCUUCCCUUGAGUAGUUCCUCAUCUUCAAAGGACUUCAAAGAAGCGACAGAUGUUGUGCACGUGUGAUGUCUACCUGUGUGUAAAUCCAUAUGAUUUAGAAAUCGGAUUGAGGAAACGGAUCAAAUGGGCUUUGCACUAUUUAUCAAAAGAAGAACAAACCACUAAUAAGUACGUAUGAAUAGUCAUUAACUAACAGAAAAAAAGAGAGAAGUUUGGUCAGGGGUUAAAAAUAACAUAUGGUCACAGACCAUAUAUUUCUCCUUAAAGUGCUUCCAGAAUCCCUUCUGUGAUGUAUCUGUCAUGCUGUAAUGUCUGUUUUGCUGUUUAAGGGAUUGAUUCUUCCCUUGAGGCUCUGUGCCUUUUUAUAUUUGGGAGACCAUUCCAAUAACGCCAAUUAAAAGGGAGUCAUUUUCUGUUGUACCUGUAUAUUCUUAUUCUGGCAUGUGGACAGGGGUCGCAUCUUAGACUUAGUGUAGUCUAUGAAAUGCUCUAUAAAUCUUUUGUGAGCC